GGAAAGGAGUACGCUGUGGCAGGUUUGAAUUGUUUGGUACUGCGUUGGUUACUGUGGAAUUAUUGUGACCUUAUUUGUGGCGGUCAUUGUGAAUUUUAGGUGUUGUUGCUGUACGGCGAAGGCCAACGUGGGCAUUGCGUACCUGGGCAGAUUCCCAGUAGAGUUGGCAUUGGACCUGGCUUCCGCGACGGAGCUGUUUCCAACUUUUGGGUUGAUUUCCCUACAGUAGUUCAGCCACUGCUUUCCCCAUGUGUACGAUAAGGAGACAUGGCUGGAGCCCAGCAUACCCGACUGCGACGUCACGCCAGGGUUCACUGUGUUUCAGGGAGACGGAACCAAGGACUCCGGCAAGAAAAGGGGAGGAGGAUCCGUGGGUGAGGGGCCUGCGUUACCUGAAGGGGAACCUGUUCUCCUGCCCUCCACAGGAGGCGCUGGCCCACUGCAUUAGCGAGGACUGCCGCAUGGGCGCUGGCAUUGCCGUUCUCUUCAAGAAGCAGUUUGGUGGAGUGAGUGACUUAAAGGCACAAAACAAGAAGACAGGAGAUUGUGCCGUGUUGAGGCGACACAAUCGUUUCGUGUACUACCUGAUCACCAAGAAGAAGGCAAGUCAGAAACCUACCUAUGAGAGUCUGAAGCAGAGUCUGGUGGCAAUGAAGACACACUGCUGGGAGAACAGUGUUGCCAGCAUCUCCAUUCCACGAAUUGGCUGUGGACUCGAUCGCCUGAGCUGGGAGAAAGUGUCAGUGAUUAUUGAAGAGGUGUUCCGAGACUCCAACAUUCGAAUCACAGUGUAUAGUCUGUGAGCUUGGCAGCCCUGGCAGGGCCCAACCUGGGAUCUGCUUUUUGGGACUGGAAGCACCAUACAGGCACAGAUACGCAUUCACACCCUUUUCACAUACCUCAGACUUCACACGUGAGAGAACACACACACACACACACACACACACACACCCUGUUCCACCAUAAAUGCAGGUGGUCACAUACACAUACCCACGUUGCAAGCGGUGUGCAAACUAUAUUUAGAAAGCUUUGUUCCAGUGCUCUGAGGUUUACACUAUAAAGACUGCCAGUUGUGGCUUGCAAUAUGUGAAGGAUUAAAAUGUUAUGUGUUCUGUAAAAUACAUGAUAGAACACUGUAUAUGAUGAACUGCAUUUAUUAUCUUAAACAAUUUUAACUGGAAAAUUAUUCCUUUCUUGCUGCAGAACUUGAUUUGUUUCUUUUUCUGUUUUUGUUAGAAGUUUGCCUGAUGAUUAAACACUUUAGAGUUUAGGUUAAA